AGGAGAUCUCAGCAGCAGCAAGUACCUGUGGUGGAUUUCCAGGCGGAACUGAGACAGGCAUUCUUAGCUGAGACACCGAGAGGUGGUUAAAGCAGUUAUUGGAACAUCCAGGUAGCUGAUUUCCAAGUGAAAAACCAGACUGUGGGAAAGAGCAGCAAGAUGCUGCAGCACAUUGACUAUAGAAUGAGAUGUAUCUUGCAAGAUGGCCGAAUCUUCAUUGGCACGUUUAAGGCUUUUGACAAACAUAUGAACUUGAUCCUCUGUGAUUGUGAUGAAUUCAGAAAGAUCAAGCCAAAGAAUGCUAAGCAGCCAGAGCGUGAAGAAAAGCGUGUUUUAGGUCUGGUGUUACUACGUGGGGAGAACUUGGUAUCCAUGACUGUGGAAGGACCACCCCCCAAAGAUACUGGAAUUGCUCGGGUACCACUUGCUGGAGCUGCAGGAGGUCCUGGGGUUGGCAGGGCAGCUGGCAGAGGAGUGCCAGCUGGUGUUCCAAUUCCCCAGGCUCCUGCUGGAUUAGCAGGCCCUGUCCGAGGGGUUGGGGGGCCUUCCCAACAGGUAAUGACUCCACAGGGAAGAGGCACUGUAGCAGCUGCUGCAGUUGCUGCUACUGCCAGCAUUGCCGGAGCCCCAACUCAAUACCCACCAGGUCGGGGGACCCCACCCACUCCUGUGGGCCGAGCAACACCACCUCCAGGCAUUAUGGCUCCUCCACCUGGUAUGAGACCCCCCAUGGGACCACCAAUUGGGCUUCCCCCUGCUCGAGGGACGCCAAUAGGCAUGCCCCCUCCAGGAAUGAGACCCCCUCCACCAGGAAUUAGAGGUCCACCUCCCCCAGGAAUGCGUCCACCAAGACCCUAGGAUACUGUUGAUCAUUCUUAAAAAGUCACUUUUUUCCCUGCGAUGUGUCUUGUGAAAUUGUGUAGAGUGUUUGUGAGCUGUUGUUCCCUCCUUGCUGCAUUAAUACUAGCUAAUAAAUGCACAGAGCAAUUAAACUGCGA